AUGCCGGAAAUAGCCAUACCGAUUGCGCGAGGGAUGUUUACCACGGAACAAAAGCUACUCUACUCCCCCGUUCUUUAUGGAUUCAGUUUUGGUGAUCGGAUAUGGGGGGCCUUUUCCGUCCUCCGGCUCAAAGAAGUUCAGUGGAAGCCUGAAAUUAUUAAGUCUUUGUCAAUACCUCCCGUGAACAAAGAUUUCCUAAGAAGCGUCGUCCAGGCAAACGCAACCAAACAAGAUAAUUUUGACGAUAUCGUACAGGACAAAGGGAAAUCAUUAAUUGGGCUGUUCACCGGCCCUCCGGGUGUAGGGAAAACUCUUACCGCAGGGGUUAUGGCCGAAAUAGCGGAAAGACCUUUGUACAUGCUUAGCUCCGACGAACUAGGCGAUAGCGCAACCACGGUUCAAAAAGCACUCGAUAGCGCCCUAGAUUUGGGUAGUCGAUGGAACGCGGUAGUACUCCUCGAUGAAGCUGAUGUCUUUCUCGCCAAACGCGACAACCAAAACCUAAGCCGCAAUGCGAUCACCUCGGUAUUUCUGAGAAAGUUAGAGUACUACCAAGGAAUACUCCUUCUGACUACCAAUCGCUUGGCUAGCAUUGAUGAGGCAUUCAAAAGCCGGAUUCAUAUUGUUUUGGAAUAUCCCCAUCUUGAUACAGCUGCGAGGAGGGAGAUAUGUAAUACAUUUUUUAACCGUGUGCCCGAAACCGUGGAGAUUAACUAUGGAGAACGAGUGCGACUUUCCAAGUUACGAUUAAACGGACGACAAAUCAAAAAUAUAGUGAAGUUAGCGCAAGGGUAUGCUGUCGAAAAGAAGCAAGAUAUCACUGCUGAUACGGUUCAAAGAGCACUGCAAUUUUCAGGAUUUGCCUUAGGCGAAAUUGGUGGUAGGCAUCAGGUUAUCCGUGUAGCCCGCUCCUUUUUGAUUCUUAUUGCAUUGCCUUGCUUGAUUUACAUUAUAGCAUGGUAUUUCAAUAGUCUCAGUCCCAUAGUUUUAAUCUCUAUUACUGACUGGACUAUGGAUUUGGGGUAUAUGAGGUUCUGGGGCUAG